AUGUCAAAAGGCACAUCAAGUAAACGUCGACAUGGCUGCAAAACGCUACGUGAACAAAGUAGUACAACUUCAGGUUAUACCAGAGCUUCCACUACAGCUUCCAGUAGCUCCAAUACAAGCCUAUGUCCUCUAAUUUUUAAUGGACCAUCAUUACCUGGUGGCGAUGUAAAUCGCUCUACUCCGGAAAGCAUGCCCUGUGAGCCGUCCACUUCGAAUGUUUCCAACGUCCACCAGAUUGCCGAUGAAACUCCUGAUUUGAAUUCGGAAACUUUACUGACGUUGCCUGUUCUCUCAACAAUGGAUACAACUGGACCGUUAGCUAAUUUAGACGAUAACAAUCAUCGCUACGUUGGUUUAGUCAAUCAAGCAAUGACUUGUUAUCUGAAUUCAUUGAUACAAACCUUAUAUAUGACGCCUGAAUUCCGAAAUGCGAUUUACGGGUGGAAGUUCACCGGUUCUGAAGCUGCAGAGGCUAGAAGUAUUCCGUGCCAGCUACAAAAAUUAUUUUUGCUGCUACAAACCAGUGAUCGCGAAUCACUGGAAACUAUUGAUUUGACUGCGUCUUUUGGAUGGAGUAAUUCGGAAGCUUACGAACAGCAUGACAUCCAGGAGUUAUGUAGGAUAAUGUUUGAUGCGCUAAAACAGAAAUGGAGCAAAGCAGACGCUAGCUUUCAGGAGCUAUACAGAGGUAAUAUGGAGGAUUUUGUCAAGUGUCUUUGCUGUCAGAAGGAAAAUGUCAAGCAGGAUGAAUUUCUGGACUUGCCAUUAGCAGUGAAGCAGUUUGGUGCCAUUGAUGCCUUCAAAAGUGUGGAAGAAGCGCUUCAUGCUUUCAUCAAACCUGAAGUAUUGGAAGGAAGCAAUCAGUAUUACUGCGAAGGAUGCAAAAGAAAACAGAAUGCACUGAAGGGUUUGCGAAUAAUAAAAUUCCCGUAUUUACUCUCAAUCCAACUUAAACGUUUUGAUUUCGAUUGCAAUACACUUCAUCGCAUCAAAUUAAACGAUAAGAUGACUUUCCCCGCAUUACUCAAUUUGAAUGAAUUCGUUUAUGACGCAACGAAAAGUGAACCACCGAAGAAGAUGAAUUGGGCAUCGGCAGUUUCAGUGCCAAGGAAAAAAGAUGAAUCGACAAUAUCAAAACCGAAUUUAUCCGAUUACGUUUCUCGUGCGGAACAGAACGAUGGUCAUUUGGACGAACAAGAAAUCGAUAUGUUGCUUAAGAGAGAUGGUCCGUUUCUCUAUGAAUUAUUUUCGGUUAUGGUCCAUCAAGGAAGUGCAUCAGGAGGCCAUUAUUUUGCAUAUAUCAAGAAUAUGGAUCAGGAUAAAUGGUUUUGCUUCAAUGAUAGUAGCGUUACCUCUGCUUCAAUCGAAGAUAUUCAUCGUACAUUUGGGGGCUCCUCUGGUGGUUGGUCAUCAGGAAACACAAAUGCUUAUAUGUUGAUGUAUAGACAGAUUGAUCGUAAGCGAAAUGCAAGAUUUGUGAAAACAAGUGAGUUAGCAGGUCAUCUUCUGGAACGUUUGAGACGAUUUGAGGAACUGGAAGAAGAGAAAAUUCGGGAGAAACAGUACAAAGAAUCGCUUGUCUCGGUUAACGUAAUGUUCAAUGGAGCUCAUAUUACAUCAGAUGUUGCUAAGUUAACGGAAGCAAUGAAAUUCCCAUAUACGGCAAAAUUAUCCGACAUUUACGAUGCAGUUUUUCAAGUUUUUUGUGUUAAGACUUCGAUUUCAGCCUCUGACGUUCGUCUGUUGUUAUGUAAAGACUUCACUUAUUCGAUUAUGCGUUCAUUCACGGAAAAUGAAAUGCAAAAGCCAUUGGAAGAAGUAUAUCCCGGAUGUUCCGUGAAAAGCUUGUACCGUCCGAUUCUAUAUUUUCUAUUAGAUGUAAAACCAUCUGGAACAAAAUUUUAUCAUAUUUAUGAGGAAGAGUCAGUUGGCACAGUAAAAUUAAUCGCUCUUAACAUUGAAAAUGGAACUUUCCUGCCAGCGUUUCAAAUGCAAUAUCACGACAACGAAACAAUGAGCAUGAUAAAGCAAAAAUUGGGGCAGAUUUUCCGUGUUCCUGAAGAUAAGAGACAUAACUUGCGCUUGGUAGUUGACAAAGGAAUUGCUGCAUCGCCGACAAUGGUGUUGCUCGAUAAUGACAGUUUUACCUGUGCACAAGCACUGCUUAAUGUCACAAAUGUCAAGUUGUAUGUGGACGUUGGUGGGAAUGGAUAUUCAACGGAUGAGGAUCGGAAAAUCGACUUUGAUAAAUCAAAAAUGUUCGCACUUUUAGAAAGAAAAAAUCAUGCAAAGAUAUUGACGAUAAGCCUUCCAACACCAGAUGAUUAUGUGCAAGCUGGAAUUAUUCCACCAAUCUCGCACGAUAUAAGUCGCUCAACAACUCCGAUAGGGAGCUUGCCUGCUGACACGAACACAACAACAUCCUCGGGAUCUUGUUCAACAGUUUUUGACCUACGUUGUGUUCCUGCUUCAGGUAUACCAGAAACAAUUAUGAUGAAGCAAACAACUCCUUCGAUGGCUAGUAGUCAUUUCUCUUCUGUAAUAUCUGAGGAGGAUAAUAGUGGUCCGUGCUUGGACGGUGAUGGUGAGAUGGAAUCUGUAAGCGCAACAUGUACUCCAAUGGUAUCACCGGUUGUGUCUGAUAGCGAUGAUACUGCUGAUAUUACUACGAGGGAUUCUGCUGUUGAUCGAAUAAGCCGUUAUGAACGAACAUAUGAUGCAGUUAUGGCAGCUUCGGAACAAAAACGACUAUUUGAAAUGGAGAGUACAAUAGAGGUUGAAGCAAGUACUGCAAGCUCAUCGGGUGAUACACUUGUGGGUGGCACACAUACAUACAUUUCCGGCACAACACAGUCUAGUUUUGAUGUUAUCAUUCAUGGGAAAUCACGGAUGAAAUCAUUUAGCGACGUGGAAAUAGAUGUGGACGAUCGACAGCUAGUUAUUCACAUGAAGCAAUGGUUGUCAGCGGUAAUUGGUGUUGAUAUGAAUGAAUUUGUUGUCCUCAAACAUUACAGUGCUGAUGACACUGAUGGUUAUGAAAGCAUUAUUAACGAGACGGAAACUAUCCAUGAUGCUUAUUACGCUGUUCAGAAGCUAUCAGUGAAAUUGCGUUCGCCAUUGAAGGAAAAUGAGAAGUUGAUGCGGAUUAUUAGAUUUGAUCGUGAAAAUGCUGAUCAAGAUAAGUGGCCUACAUUGUUCAGUAUUCCGGUUACUGUCGACAUGCCAAUACGUACAUUGCUGAUACGUUGUCAGGAGCAGAUGAAGAAGUUGUAUGCUACAAAGUACGACCUCAACCAGUUACGAUUACGAGAAGUGAUUGUUGGUGGCGGAGCACCAGUAUUGUUUCUGGGUGACCAGCUCGGCCGACGCGGUCACGAGUGGAACAAGAAUUUGUAUUUGCAAGUCCUCUCAGAUGAAGAAGUUGCGCGAGCAAAAAAGCAUACAGCAACAUCAUACCCGGUGAUGGUAAGACGUUUUAAAUCGUCCGUGCCAGAAGUGACAUCUUUGGUUGAACUGAUGGUUCCAUUAGAUGAGCAGGAUCAGGUCGCAGCACUUAAAAAACAGAUCUCUUUUCACUAUCAUGUGCCAUUCGAUCUAAUCCAACUGUCAGAGGCAUUUCCAACAACUGCAUGGAGUAAGUGGCCAUAUACAAAGGACAGAGUUGAUUUGUACGAAAACGUUAGUUUCACCAAUGAUGAAUCUCCAUUUAGCGGGACAUUCAAUGGUAAACUCAUCUAUUUCAAAUUAGCUAAUGAGCAGGUACGGCAGUUAACAGAUGAGGAGAAACGUACACUGCGAUACAAAGACAGUGCUACAAAACCGGUAGAUGCUGCGAUCUCGCGAAGAAAAGAAAGGCCACUAAGGAUACAGCUGUCGACUAGUAUCACCGAAGAUGAUUAA